AUGCCCAAGGAGGUUUCUCUGGAUAAUACAAUUGAGUUCCUAAAUGGUAGGGUUUACUUAGGUGCGUACGACUAUGCUCCCCAGAACACCGAUGAAAUUGUAUUCUUCACCAUUGAAGACACAUUGUUCUACAACAGUUUCCAUCUUGAUUUUGGACCCAUGAAUAUUGGCCAUCUAUACAGAUUUGCUGUGAUAUUCCACGAGAUUUUAAAUGAUGUGGCGAAUAUGAAGAAGUCAGUCGUGUUUUAUUCAUCUACUUUCACCAGAGAUCGUGCUAACUCCGCAUGUCUCUUGUGCUGCUAUAUGAUCUUGGUCCAAGGGUGGACCCCACAUCAAGUUUUGCAACCUUUAGCGCAGGUCGAUCCACCAUUUAUGCCGUUUAGAGAUGCUGGGUAUUCUAAUGCUGAUUUUGAAAUUACAAUACAGGAUGUAGUAUAUGGUGUUUGGAGAGCUAAAGAGAGAAAUUUAAUUGAAUUAAAGAAUUUCAAUUUAGAGGCUUAUGAAAAAUUUGAAUGUGUCGAAAAUGGUGAUUUUAAUAUAUUGACACCAGAAUUCAUCGCCUUUGCCUCCCCACAGGAGGAAAAUUUCAAUAAAAUGGCUUAUCAAAGGUUUAACAAAGCUCUGAAUAGGCCCUUUAAAUGUGUAUUGGAAGCAUUUAAAGAGCAGAAUGUUCAAUUAGUAGUCAGAUUAAAUUCUCAUUUAUAUAAUAAGAAGCACUUUGAAGAUAUUGGAAUACAACAUUUGGAUAUGAUUUUUGAAGAUGGUACUUGUCCCGACAUGUCAAUAGUUCAAAAUUUUAUUGGGGCCGCUGAAACGAUUAUUAGGAAAGGUGGAAAAAUUGCCGUUCAUUGUAAAGCAGGUUUGGGGAGAACUGGUUGUUUAAUUGGUGCCCAUCUAAUAUAUACACAUGGAUUUACCGCUAAUGAAUGUAUUGGAUUCCUAAGAUUUAUUAGACCAGGUAUGGUUGUUGGGCCACAACAGCAUUGGUUAUAUCUACAUCAAAAUGAUUUUAGGGAAUGGAAGCAUACCAUGAGAGUAUCAUUGGAGCCAAGUAAUAUCAUUGGUGGCCUUUAUCCAUUAAUCUCAUUGGAAGAGUAUCGUUUGCAAAAGCGGCUAUUAAGAAGUUCUCCCUAUAAGGAAAAUGAGGAAGCACUCCGAGAUCAGACAACGAUGACACCACCGAGAAAAGUACGUGAAUCUAUUGCGAAUGGAUUUCAAUCAAACGCAAUUCCACAGGAAUCUCCUGGUCAGCCAAGAAAAGAUGAAAUAAAAUCGGUGGUUUCCCAUAGUGAAGGGAACGCACAUCAUGAAAACGGUGGAAAAUCGUAUCGUGUACAGAGUGCUAUUCCUCAGGAAUCACCUGGUCAACCAAGAAAGGAGAAUCGUGCUUCACGUAAUUUCCAAGACUCUAAUAAAAUAAGAGAAGAUGAUGGCGACGGAGAUAUCAUAAUGAGAAGUGGUGAUAGCAGUGCGGGAAGUAAUAGAAUUUCUUCGUCUGGAAUUCCCCUUGCAAAUGACGAUGAGAAUAAUAGGGAUGCGUUGUUAAAGCAGCAUCUGCCGAAGAAUAAACGAGCAAUAUCAGGUAGAAGAACGGCUAGCUCAACUGGUGUUAGAAAGACAAGCUCUUCAGGUAGACGUUAG